AUGGGUAGGGAGAUACCAAGUCCAAUGGUGUUGUUGCGGUCGUUCCAGGAAGGCAACGAGGGCGGGUCUCGCGCCCACCAACAGGCACUUGUUGCUUGCGCUACUUUCGCUCUUUGGGUCACUUGCAGGCGGCACACUACCGUCGUAACUCUGAUUAACAGUCAUGGCGAACCCGUCGGAAAGUCCAGGAGGGACACACUUUUACAGGAAUUCUGUGACCUCUGCGGCCAGUACCUCAGCUUGCAGCAGGUAUUGUUCGCGACGCGACCCCAAACCGUUGCGGGUGCCGCGGCGGUACAGGACAUUACCGCCGAAGACCUCCAGGCUAUGUUCGGUGAGGACUACGACAAGUAUAUGAGGCGCGUCUCGGCCGUUGAGAGGAAAUUUGCGGAGUUGUCGGACGGAAUGCUUAAGCUGAAAUCUAGGAGCCAGAGCCAGGGACAGGGGGAUGAGAAUGCUUUCGAAAGCAAGUAUCGUCGAGUGCACGAUACAAUGCAGGGUGCGCAGCCUUCUCAAAGUGACGAAGUCGAGACUGCGGAAAUUCUGGAGGCCUUCCAAGCACAUCUUACAGAUUCCGGCUGGGUCGGGUUCGAAUUCCUGAGGUCGGAUGUGGAAUGGGUUAUGAGCGACGAGGAGGCGACGCCCCAAGUUGCCGCUGCUGUCUGGAAAACAGAGCUCGCGAGCCACGACAGACAAAGAAGCGCUGAGGCUGCCGCAGUGCCCAGUGCCUACAUGCAUCGUGCGGCGGUGCCCCGUCCUUACCGGGUUAUGAACGACUACCUCGAAGCCCGCGCGAAUCGCAACAACAGACAGGAAAUAGUCAAGCCUGAGCGUUACGGACCGGGAAGGGAGUAUAGAGGCGAACCUUGCAACCAACGGACGGAGUAUGUAGCUACCGGGUGGCUGUACGAUGCGCGCACAGUCGUUACCACAGGGCACUGCAUGUACACCGUGGACGAGCACGGGCGUAGAGUGCAGGCCACCGACGUCGACGUCUAUCUCGGCUACGGCAUCGGGUUUCCCGGGGCGGGCGAGCACGUGCAGCUACAAAGGGCCAACUGGAUUCUAACCCAUCAACGCUGGCCUGACUACAUCCCUGAACAGGUACCUGCGCCAGCAGGGGAAGUCAUGUAUGAGAGCUUUUGGAACCUGACGGAACGUGAUUUCAACCACUCCGGAAUAACGUAUCGUGCUGAUACAGCUCCUGGAAACUCGGGUGGUCCUGUGCUCCGGUGGUUUGGCGAGCCUGGCGGACUUGAGGUCAUCGGGGUCCAUGUCCGAGGAUAUGACAAUAUCCGGUCGCGAGACUUUGGACUCAACGCUGCCAUUAGGCUUGGGUCUGAUGGCAAUGACCUGUCGGCCUUUGUUGCUGCUCUGGACAGUGUGGGGGAGGCUCAGGCAACGGAGUCACCCAACGUUGAGUCGCUGGGAGUGCCCGCAAUGGAAGGGGCCCAUAUCCGUAUUCUCGAGCUGCCUAAUACACCGGCGGACUAG